AUGAUUACAAAAUGUUAUGUCCAAGUGUUCCGAUAUAGAAGAGUUUGUCAUAACACCAAAUAUUCAUUCAAUUCGGUGGUGCUGAUCAAAUGGUUACACUCAGCUGGCUCAUCAUUAUCCCAAGCAAAUUCAUCGAAGACAUCACAGUCGUCAUUAACAUCAUCGGGGUUUCUUUAUUAUGAAGAUCCCCAUAGGUACAACGGGUCAGAUGUUAGUGCUAAUGCAUCCGAAACGACAAGUACUAGCACAGCCAAACCAGUUAUUCAUCUGGCUACACCUUAUUCCGAUAAAUAUUAUCAACCAAUCAUCAGUCAAGGAGCCAAGGGGUUUGAUAAGUUGAUUAUCCCUGUUGGGUUCCAUGCUGAUAAUCAGACAGUUUCACUAGAAGAAGAUAAAGAGUCACCCAUACAACAAGACCAACUACAAGAGAUUGUCAAUUCUUUUGAUGCGCCUAUUGAUGUAUCUAUUGGAUAUGGGUCAGGAAUUCUACCUCAAGAUGGAUAUGAUAAAGAUAAAUCAACGCCAAAUAAUACUGCUAAUGAUUCAAAGCAAUUGGAUUUUAUGUUUUUAGUAAAAGACUGUGGGAAAUUUCAUCAGGAAAACUUGAAACAAAACCGAGAUCAUUAUUCGAUUAAAUCAUUACGAUUAAUUAAGAAGGUUCAAGGUACUAAUGGGAUGUAUUUCAAUCCCUUUAUCAAGAUCAAUGAGAAAUUGGUCAAAUAUGGGGUUAUUUCUAGUAAAUCAGCAUUAAUGGAUCUUAGUGAGUGGCAUUCGUUAUACUUUGCUGGUCGAUUACAAAAGCCAGUUAAUUUCAUUACAACCAAUGAUCCUCGAGUCAAAUUUUUGAACCAAUAUAACUUGAAGAAUGCCAUGACCAUAGCGAUAUUUUUGAUUGAUGGCGAAGGUAAUUCUCGCCAAGCAACGUUUAAUGAACGACAAUUGUAUGAACAAAUCACUAAAUUGUCGUAUUUAGGGGAUUUCAGAAUGUAUAUUGGAGGAGAAAAUCCUAAUAAACUGAAAAAUAUUGUUGCCAAACAAUUCCAUCAUUUUAAAAAGUUGUAUGAACCAAUAUUACAAUAUUUUAUUCAUAAAAAUUUUCUAAUCAUUGUUAAUAAUGAUCCGGUCAAUCGAACAUUUAAACCAAACUUGAAUGUAAAUAAUAGAAUUAAGUUGAUCACGGGGUUGCCUUUGAAAUUCCGUCAACAAUUGUAUGGAAGGUACUAUGAAAAAUCAAUCAAGGAAAUUGUUAUUGAUGACCACUUGCUGCAAAAUUUAACCAAAAUAAUUAGUCGUACAAUAAUUAUUAGUUCAAUAACGCAAGCAAUUAGAGGAUUAUUAUCAGCAGGAUUAUUUAAUUCCAUCAAGUACGCCGUUGCCAAACAAAUCAAAUUUUGGACGUCUAAGAAAUAA